GUCUAGAAGACGACUUCCAAACGUUUUAUGAGUAUGAUUAGUCAUGGCCGAAGCUGACAACAGUGAGCAAAAUUUGCCCGAAACUUUCAAAGAAAUAUGGGACUUGUAUGACAUCCUGGAGAAAAUAGAUGAGCCAACCGGAUCAGAUAAAGUUCAGGGAUAUGUGUAUAAGGCGUGUGAGCUGUGUAAGAAGGCUAUAUCCAUGGUGAAUAAUCUACGACUGUUCAGUGAAAAUGAAGAAAUUGAAGAGGUUGCCACUGGAGAAAUCAGAUAUAUGCUUUUACCGGCUAUGCUUGGUUACUUUCUGAUGAAAAACACAGUCAGGGAAAGGCUUAAAGUUGUUCAAGAGAGCAAGGAGUUUUACACAGACUAUAUGCGGAUGUGUCACAACUACACUGUCACAAAUUACGAGGUAGCCGAGCCUAAGGAAGAGAAGCCAUCAGACACACAUGGUGACAUACCCAGACCAGCCCCACCUCGUAUGCCAGGGCCAGCAGAUCUCAGAAUUAUGGGAAACAUUCGAGCAACCAAGGUACAGAGAUUUCGUGAACAGAAAGAGCUGGAGAAGCGACUAUCAGAACUGCGGGUAACAGUGGAACAAGACCAUGUUGAUGAUGAAGUCAGAAGAGAUUACUACCUCACCUGGCUGAAGAAAUGGGUAAACGUCUGUAUAGAUGAAUUGGUUUGUAUUGAAGAUGAGAUACCCAUUCUGGAGAUGAUGGCCAAGAGGAAAGGUAAAGGUAUAGAUGCCCCUGCCAAACGACCGCCCAUGGAACACAAGUCACAGCCACUGCGUCCCUUUAUCAUUACCAAGGAUGCUCUACAGAAGCAGGUGUACGGUCUGGGCUAUCCCGGCCUCCCAACCAUGACCAUUGAAGAGUUCUUCGAUAAAAAGGUGGAAGAGGGAACACUCUCAGAGAAUGUACAAGGGCAAGGCCACAGUAUGCAGCAAUGGGCUGAUGAUCCGGACAGGGAUCGCAUUGAACGUGAAUGUGAGGAAGCAGAAAAAGAGAAGAAAGCAGAGGAAGAUGACCCUGAUGAACUGAAGAAGGCUCGUGAUAAGGACGAGUACAAGGAUGAACACAGACGUGGAUGGGGAAACAGGAAAAACAGACACUGAGAAUAAGCUGAACAAACCAUUUUACUCUAGAUGAUGAGUGAUGAUUAAUGCUCUUGUUCUGUUGCUGUUUGACCUGUUAUUAUUAUUUGUGACAGAUUAAAGAAGGCUAUUCAAGUAUUCUACAGAUAAA